CGCGCAACAUUCACCGCUCCGCCUCGCGCUCCGGCGCGCGUGCCAAAGCCAAUAGUUUCUCUGACAAAUCUAGCACAGACAGUGCUAUUCUGCCAGAGGUCACGAGAAGGAGGUACGGCACAUUUCUGUGUUGGUGGGGAGCGUGUGUAUUUGUAUAUACAUUUAAAGGAAAGAGAGUUUUUUUUUCUCCCUUGCCAUACUUUCCAGUUCGCUUGUCACCAUUUCCACCAAAAACGAGCCGGACUUUUCAGCGCGAGCUUCCCGGGUGCUCCAAAGCAAGCGAAUAAUUGGGGCGGUCGUGGGCAUCGUCAUGAUCGUGGCGCUGGUCAUCGCAAUUCCGCUUCUGGUCCGGACCUCAGUGGUUUCAGCGCACUACGAAAUGAUGGGCACUUGCCGGAUGAUCUGUGAUCCGUACAACCCCAAACCGAGCGCCACGGCGCUGGAGGUGAUGCAGGAUCUCAGUGUCAUCCAACCAUCUUUCGCACAAGGGACUAGAGGUGAACCGGGCCGUCCGGGCAAACCUGGACCCAGGGGUCCACCUGGCGAACCGGGUCCACCUGGGCCAAGGGGUCCGCCUGGAGACUCCGGCAAACCUGGAUUUACCGGUAUCACGUCGGGAACGGCGAGGACCGAGACAGGAGACAUUGGUCCAGCGUUGGGGAACAUCAAGAUCGCGUUUUAUGUGGGUCUCAAGAACCCUCACGAAGGCUACGAGGUGCUUCGGUUUGAUGAUGUUGUGACAAAUGUGGGAAAUCACUAUGAUCCCACUACUGGCAAGUUUACGUGCCAGGUGUCGGGGAUUUACUACUUCACCUACCAUGUGCUGAUGCGCGGAGGGGACGGGACGAGCAUGUGGGCAGACCUCUGUAAAAACGGACAGGUUCGGGCGAGCGCCAUCGCGCAAGACGCCGAUCAGAACUACGACUACGCGAGCAACAGCGCCGUGCUGCACCUGGACUCCGGAGACGAAAUUUAUGUCAAACUCGACGGCGGAAAGGCGCACGGAGGAAACAACAACAAAUACAGUACAUUUUCUGGUUUCAUUCUGUAUCCAGACUGAACUGCCACCUGCCUCGUCUCGAGCUGAGUGUUAAUGAAUCUCCUCUCUCCGAGCGGCACACUCUCUCGGCACUCCAUUGUCAUUCCUGUCUGUAGUGUCGUUUGGGAAUAUAAGGGUCAUCUGAACUCAGAACCAGUGUGAGAAUAUGUUGUCUGAAUUUGUCCCUUUCUGUUUAAUGAUGUCUUGUGUUUGGCUGUUAUACCCAAUUAAAGAAUGCGUUAAUUACGCACAGGAUGGUGAUGAGGAUACAACACUUAUCGAUAGAUUAUUAGCAUAUCUGUCCUCUGAGUGAUUUUUGCUCAAAUGAAAUUCAUUUCCUGCAUUUAUGAGCCCCUAGUGGCCCCUAAUGUAAUACAGUUUCUGCUGUUAGCCUAAAUUGGCUUCGUGUAGAUCUGGACAAGCAAUUUGGUCUAGAUCUCGACAAGCACAGUUAAACAUUUGAGCUCCUUGGAAUACUGUAGUUCACUAAAAAUGAACAUUCUCUCAUCAUUUGCAACUCAUGUUGUUCCAAACCUGUAUGACUUUCUUUCUUCUGUGUAAUCCAAAAAGAGAUAUUCUGUAAAAUGUCCCAGCGUUUUCUCUUUCCAAAACAAUGAAAGUCAACGGGGUCCAAAAAUUGACCCACAGCAUUCUUCAGAAUAUCUUCGCUUGUGAUCGACAAUAGAAAGAAGUAAUCAGGUUUGGAAUUGCCUGCAGGCGAGUCAAUGAAGCCAUCUUUUUAUACAUAUUUGGCUGAAUUAUCCCUUUAAACACCCAAUUUAAGCUCAACUACAAAUGUUUUUGUUUUAAUCCUAUGGCUGAGCAAUAAAGCAUUACAGUGGAUUUUCAGUUUGCAUUUAAAUUACAAGCCUGUGUGUGCGAGUGUGCAUUUUAAUGAGCUCUGGGACUUGACGUUUGACCUCACACAGGUUCUCCUGAGACCUUCAGUGAUUACACACCUAAUACAAUAAGCAUGCCAAACAUCACAACCGCAAAAGAGAGAGGGAGAGAAUUCUCAAAGAGAAAAUUAUGUCUAGUGCGAUCAACCAAAUUAACUUAUGUGUAUUAAAAUGGUCAAAUUUCCAACAACUCACACUAUUCAGAAAAACAAAGUUUAUACGGUGUGCUUUUUGAUUGGUAAUUGGUGGCUGUACAUUCAGAUGUUUUUACAUUCUGAUUAAAAUAGAUAGAAGGUUAAUAAACAUCCUCAAACAACAACAAAGUGUCUGUUAAUCUAUCCAAUGCUUGGUUUAUAUAUAAAGAGCCUUCAUGAAUGCCUGUUUACACUCUGCCAUCAAGAUCCAGCAUGAGGAAGAACAUUCAUUUGAAAUAUAAAUAUGUCUUUUAGUUUACAAAUAGCCAUAGGUUUGAAUAUCAGACUAAUCUUUCAUACAUGUUUACCCAACACCCACUUUCAGCAAUUAAACGCCCUGGUGCUUGUCUUUCUAGGACUCUACUAAUCUGGUUUGAUUUAUUUGCCUAGUCUGAUUUGUGGAAAACACAUCUUUGUCUGCCAGCCCCUCUAAACCCUAAAGAUUUACAGGCUUUAAGAAAAGAGCCAAAUUUUAUGAUUGUUCACACAGCCCAUAAAUUCAAAUGAAUCUGGAGAACACCUGAAUUAUUCUGGUUUUGUCUUGGAUUAUUUGACCGACCACCCAUCUGUGUUAUAUGUCAUACAGUAUAACACUGAGUGACAGUUCGAAGAGAAGUUCUGGAAGAACAUCGGCCUUGAUGAGCUUUUAUUAGUCCAUGUGUGUGUGUGUAAGUGCGAUCUGAUCCUCGUGAUCGUCGGAGGAAGCACAGCUGGUAGUUACAAAGUGAAAGAAAACUAAGCCAGGAGGCUCACAUCACUUUUCUCUCUCCUUCUCACUCUCCUCCUGCUCAUUUCUCUCAGCGCCUCGGAUGCUCUUUAACAUAUAACAGCACACACGCACACACA